AGGAAGCGGAAGUUGCCGGCAAGAUGGCGGCUAUUGAAGAAGAGGAGGAAGCGGCCCCUUGCAGCGGCCGGAGGAUGAAGGCGGCGACGGUGGGGCUGUGGCUCCUUCGUGGAGUCGUCUUGUGCGCCCUGGCGCCGGGUUCAGGCCGGUGUAACUCUGUGGAGAAGAAAAUCUACAUCCCGCUGAAUAGAACAGCCACCUGUGUCCGUCUCCUGAAUGCCACUCAUCAAAUAGGCUGCCAGUCCUCUAUGUUUGGAGACACCGGCGUCAUUCACGUGGUAGAGAAGGAGUCGGACCUGAAGUGGGUGCUGUCAGAUGGCCGACACUCCCCGUACAUGGUGCUGCUGGAUGGAAAGCUUUUUACAGGACCGGUGAUGAUGAAGCUGAAGGGCAGCUCCCGGAUUGCAGGCGUGGCCGUGGCCGUCUCCAAGACCAGCCCGUCGGAAGGUUUUUCUCCUGGUCUUCAGUGUCCCAAUGACGGCUACGGGGUCUACAACAGCAGCUAUGGCCCAGAAUAUGCCCACUGCAACCCGACCAAAUGGAACUACCUGGGGAACAGCCUUUCCUACCUGGAUUUUGGCUUCCCGAUCUUCCUUCUUCAGGAUGAAAGCGAAAGCGAGGUUAUCAAGCAGUGCUACCAGAAAUACAACACGCCUCAGAACGGCUCCGGCCCAGAGUAUCCCCUCUGUGCCAUGCAGCUCUCCUCCCACAUGCACGCCGUCACCAGCACCGUCACUUGCAUGCGCCGCAGCCUCAUUCAGAGCACCUUCAGCCUCAACCCAGAGGUGGUCUGUGAUCCUCUUGCCGAUUACAACGUCUGGAACACGGUGCGGCAGGUGAACGAUUCGGAGAAGCUGGAUCCUAAAAGUGUCAUCAUCGCUUCCUCUCGAAUUGACAGCCACUCUUUUUUCUGGAACGUGGCCCCGGGGGCCGAGAGCGCCGUGGCUUCCUUUGUCACCCUCCUCGCUGCAGCUGAAGCCAUCCAUAAAAUCCCCGAUGUUCAGUCGCUGCCCAAAAACAUCAUGUUCGCCUUCUUCCAGGGGGAGACUUUUGACUACAUCGGCAGUUCCCGCAUGGUGUACGAUAUGCAGAACGGGCGCUUUCCCUUCCAGCUGGAGAACAUCGAUUCCUUCCUGGAGCUGAGCCAGUGUUUUGCCUUUUUCUUCCAGGUCACCCGCAUGCUGUAUGGUUUCCUGAUCCAGUCCAACAACUCCUGGUUCCAGGCCAUCACUAGGCCAGAUUUUAAAGGGCCUCUGGGCGAUGAGCCCCUCCAGUAUUACAUCGCGGUCUCCAGUCCCGUCAACUCCACCAGCCUCGUCCAGUAUGUCUUGGCCAACCUCACCGGGACCCGCCUGGGGGACAACAUCACCAAGGAGCAUUGCAAAGAUUCCAAGGACGAUUUCUACAGUUACAUGUGGGUGCAGGGCUCCCCGUACCCCAACGCCAGCUCCCCCCGCAAGCCCUUCUGCGUCAGGUCGACGGUCCGCCGCACGCCGGCCUCCUCUCCGGCCUUCGAGCUCCAACAGUGGGGAUCCACCGAGUUUUCCACCUGGACGGAGAGUCGCUGGAAGGAGCUUCAUGGACGCAUCUUCUUGGUCGCCAGCAAACAGCUGGAGAUCGUCACCCUGGUGCUGGGCCUCGUCAUCCUCAUCGUCUCGUUCGUGGCCACCUACUUCAUCAACGCCAAAGCCCACGUGCUUUUUUCCACGCCGGGGGACUCCGAAACCGUGGCCUACUGACCGACCUGCGCCCGGGGACUCUGCAGCGCUACGGACCAAGGAAUUGGGCGUGAAUUGGGCCCUUUGACCACCGUGGAGUGAGGGGGUGUGUCUCGAAGGGUCAUGUUCAACCUCACCCCGUUGAGAGAGAGACAGACAGACAGUCACAGGGCGGGUGUACGGAAACGCAAUGCUGGCAAAGGCACGGAUUGAUUUGGAAGCGGGGGGUGGGUGGGUGCCGGGGGGCUUUCUUGGGUCUCUCGGACCCUCCUCCAUCCAGCCUCCCCGGCCCAAAUGGGGAACCACAACUGGGACACACCCUCUUGCGAGCGGUGAAGAGUUGGCCAUCCAAGGAGACGCUCUGCGCGGAGUAUCUGCGGACCUUCAACCUUGUAGUUUCUCACUUUUUCUUCUUUUUUUUUUUAAAUUUUGAAGGUCUGGAUAAAUUUGCUUGACUCUUUUGAUUGACGUAGAUCAAAGUGGAAAAAAACAACAAGGGACGGAGGGAAGUUGGAAAUGGGUGUAAACUAUCCUUUUUUUAAGAAAAAAGAAAACGUGGGUUCUGGGUUUUUGGUUGUUUUUUUUGUACAUACGAGAUUAAAUAGCCUGUUUUUGAUUGAAAACCAUCAGCCACCCCUUUAACUUGCAGAUUAAAUUUGUUGAUUCCC